CCAGGUUCAUCAGGAAGCGGUCGAUAUGGGUUUCGCACACAACAACGUACUUCACCGCAACCACUUCAGAAAGGAUUGGCAAUCAAGAGUCAAGACUUGGUUCAACCAACCUGGCAAGAAGAAGAGCCGUCGCGUUACACGUGAGAAGAAGGCUGCUGCACUUGGUGUUCGCCCAUUAGAAAACCUUCGUCCAGCCGUCCGUUGCCCAACCAUCCGUUACAACCGCAAGUUGCGCGCUGGUAAGGGUUUCUCAUUGGCUGAAUUAAAGGCUGCUGGUAUCCGCCGUAAGGAAGCACUCUCUAUUGGUAUCCCAGUCGACCACCGUCGUCGUAACCUCUCAGAGGAAGGUUUGAAGAUCAACGUUGAUCGUCUUACCGCCUACAAGGCUCGUUUGAUUGUCUUCCCACGCAACGCUAAGAAGCCAGCAAAGACCGACUCUAAGGACCUCGACGCCCAAGUCACCCGCGACGUCAACGCUGCUAUCCCAAUCCCAGCUGGUACCGUCGCUGAGGCUCCAAGAAAGAUCACCGAUGCUGAGCGUGAGACCAACGCUUACCGUACCCUCCGUAACGAACGCGCUACCGCUCGUUACGACGGUGCACGUAAGGUUCGUGCUGCCAAGAAGGCUGAAGAGGAGGAAGCUAAGAAAAAGUAAACUGAAUGACAGCUUUCUAUCCCGGUUGUACCCAUAUAAAACCAUUCAAACAAUCUUCUUAUCCG